AUGGCAGAGCCAUUGAAGCCCGAUCAAGUCAAGGCGGCUGAGCCAGCCUCCAAAGACUCGCCACCAGGUCCCACCUUUUCGGAUCUUGUCAAGAACCAGUCGAAAACACCACUAUCACUCAGCGAAUUCAUGGACUAUCUCAUUUACAUCGAGCACAACGCAGAGAAUCUGCAAUUCUUCCUGUGGUAUUCAGACUACGUUCAAAGAUGGAGCAGGCUCUCUAGGAGACAAAAGUCUGCAUCACCCCCGUGGAACACAGAUUGCGAGGAAGAGACGCAGGGUAUUCGCACCUCUCCUUUGGCUGCACACAAGAGAGCAAACAGCGAAAAGAUGGCCAAUAUACUGGCCAUUCUCGACAGAGUAUCGGAAAACGAGGAUGCCGAACCCCUUUCUCAUGAGAGCACCUCCGAGAUGGGCUUGUCAGGACGUGGCGAGAACAAAGAGUUUGUUACAUCAGCUCGAACCACUGAAUACUCAAAACAACCGUUUAGGGACGAGCUCGUUAAGGUUGCGAGCAACUAUAUUGAACAAGGCGCCCCACGGCAACUCAAAUUAUCCGAAGGGGAUCGGGCUUCGAUAAUCGAAGGCUUGCAGCAUACAACACACCCCACUGCUCUCCUGCCAGCGUUUACCAUGUCCAGCAACAUCCUCAGGGAGUUUUCCCAUCCGAGCUUCAUAAAAUGGAGCCUGUACAGAAACGCUAACAAGCCACGAAUCAACUUUACGCGCUCCAUGGCUGCGGUUCUCAUCGUUCUUGGCCUGGCAUUCGAAGUCAUACUUACCCUCUCGGGCCUCUUGACGUGCCUUCGUGCCCUCGGGAUACUGCUUCUGUGGCCCGGCAUCACCUGGCUUGCGGCGGCGGCAAAGGGGCUGUGCCUGGAACUGCACUUCCGAAGGCUACGACAACAGCGCCCAUGGGAGGUACAGAAACCUGAGCAAGAUGCCGAGCUAGAAAAGUCGGGAUCGCAGGAUUCCCCUGUUGAUAUGCACGACGCAACGAGCAAAGGGGCUUCUUCGUCGCCAUCACACUCCAGGUCCCCGAGUUAUCAAAAUUCUUGGUAUGGAUGGCCGGCCAAAAACGACAAUCUCAACCCCGAUACCACCGCCCCAGGUCGCCGGCCCAGCGUCACAGUGAGCAUCAGCGCCAGCGUGACUCACAGCGCACGCGCAGAACACGCUCUGGACACCCCGGUCUCGGUGGUUGGCUUCAGCACGGUGAUCACGGGAGGACACGACAGGAGUAGAGGCCACGCGUCGACUAUCAGCAGCGUCGAUCCGCCGUGGAAGCAGAGCAUGCAGUCCCUGGGCCCCAGCAACGACUAUUCACGCGAGGAGUGGUACAUGGACGAGGGCGGCGGACAGUCCCUGCUCCAGAGUGUCUUUGCUGCGACCGUGGCCACCCGCAACAGGGAUCUGCACCUCAUACAGGACCGGUUGGUCUUGCGAGCUGUACUGCUGGGUGGCCUUGUUUCUGCUCUCAUCACGUGCGGCUUCUUGUUUCUGCCCGGCGGGCAUCUCAUCUCCGGAGUUAGGAGCUAGAAGUUGAAAGCUAUUCUUGGGUGGGGGGUUUUUUUUUUGGCAGGGCUGUCUUUCUCUUUCCUUUGUUUGCUGGAUGAAACACUUUUUUUACUAUUCUUCUUCUUCUUCUCCCUCUCUCUUGUGACGACUCACAUGUUUUGUAUUGUAAACUUACCCCAGAAACAUGUGCCUUCGGAACCUGGAGGGAGCCUUUUUUUAAUUCUCUUUGUCCAGGGGUUUUUUUUUUUUUUUUUUUUUUUUUUUUUUUUUUUUUU